GACUCCAUGGUGCCGUAACAGGAAGAGGCGGGGCCCGCGCACAAUGACAACAUAGCAGUGGCCUCGCUUUUCAGCAGUGUCGGGAGCAGCUUCCGGCCGGGGUGUGUUGAGGACUCUGUAAGCGGGAAACUAUCUCUCGUUCCGAGCGUUGUUAGCGCAGUUCCGGGGUGUGUGAACGGUGCCGGUGUGCGGGCAGCAGGAGAGAAGCCAACAUGAGCGCGCUCGGCGGGGAGGAGAUCAUCCGUAUCGCUAAGAAGAUGGAGCGGAUGGUGCAGAAGAAGAACACGGCUGGUGCUUUAGAUUUACUUAAAGAACUUAAAAACCUUCCAAUGACUUUGGAGCUUCUUCAGUCUACCCGGAUUGGAAUGUCUGUAAAUGCCAUCCGUAAGCAAAGCUCAGAUGAGGACGUGACAUCGCUGGCCAAAUCACUUAUCAAAUCGUGGAAAAAACUGCUUGAUGGCCCAUCAGCUGAAAAAGAAGCGGAGGAAAAGAAGAAAGAGCAGCCCCCUCCUGCACAAAACAGUCCCGAAGCAAAGGAAGAGAGCAGCAGUUCCAGCAGUAGUUCUAGUGGACGAAAAGAAGAUUGUGCAGCUCCGUCUGAAUCAUUCAUUACAUCUUUUCCCCGAGCUCCCAGCACGUCAGACCCUGUCAGAAUAAAGUGUAGAGAGUUGCUUGCCACAGCUCUCAAAACAGGAGACGACUACAUUACAAUUGGGGCAGAUGAUGAAGAGCUUGGAGCGCAGAUUGAAGAAGCUGUUUUCCAAGAAUUUAAGAACACAGAUGCAAAAUAUAAAAACAGAGUGCGAAGUAGAAUUGCCAACCUAAAGGAUGCAAAAAACCCCAACUUGAGGCGAAAUGUGCUUUGUGGCAACAUCGCUCCGGAUGUGUUUGCUAGGAUGACGGCAGAGGAAAUGGCAAGUGAUGAACUUAAAGAAAUGAGGAAGAACCUGACAAAGGAAGCUAUCCGAGAACACCAAAUGGCCAGGACUGGUGGCACACAGACUGACCUGUUCUCGUGUGGUAAAUGCAAAAAGAAGAAUUGUACUUACACACAGGUUCAGACCCGCAGCGCUGAUGAACCUAUGACAACAUUUGUGUUCUGUAAUGAAUGCGGAAAUCGGUGGAAGUUUUGCUAAGAGAAAUCCUAAUCUGACACCAAAACAAGGAAGAGGCCGUUUUGUAAUUGGGAAGACAAAAGAAGAACUCUUCCAGGUUUUUUUUGUUUUUUUUUUUACUUUUUUCCCUUUUUUUUAAUUAAAGCUGGAUUCAACUUGUGGGAUCUUUUUGGAAUUUUAAGACCGAAACAGUUUGAAACGUAUUUCCUUUUGAAGAAUUAAGGAAGUUGCUAUUUUAUGGUGCAAGUUUAAAAGAUAAAAAAAAAGAAAAAGCUUCUUUUUUAAGAGUCCACGUUUUACGGAUGCAGCCGUGGCAUCUUGUGUGAACAUUUCUAAGUCCGUUUUGACUUUAGAUCACGUCCCGAUUGUAUUGUAUGCUUGAUAGUCUUGCACCCUUGCAGUCCUCUGAGCUGUUAUGUACAUAGUUUGCAAUGGUUUGUGGAUGAAUUUGACUAUUCCUCCCAGAGAUCUAACGCUAGGAACACUCUAAUCAUACAUUAACAAGAUGGUAACUUUGAGGCACCAAAUUAAAUUAUUUUGUUAACUCAUGGUUAGAUUGACCUUCAUUCCCGUUAAAAAUUGUUGUGCUUAAUUUUUGUUUUAUAUAGCUUUUCAUUAAACCGAGAAUGUUUGUAAUUAAUUGAUUGAUAUUCCUGUGCUGUGAUUUUUUUAAAA